UAGCGACUAGAGAAAGAGGCCACCUCCUUUUCUGCCGCCACCGUCGCCGCACCUGAUCGCCUGGAGCUGGUGGAGGAGAAGCCGCCCUCUUUCCUCUGGCUCCAGUAGGGCGCCAGGCUCCCCAAAUCGUUUGCCCAUGGCUUCAACCGGCAGUGGCGUGGAGGAGGUGCGCGUCUCAGUGUUGACCCCGCUCAAGCUGGUGGGGCUGGUAUGCAUCUUCCUGGCAUUGUGCCUGGAUCUGGGAGCCGUACUGAGCCCGGCCUGGGUGACGGCCGAUCACCAGUCUUAUCUGUCCCUCUGGGAGUCCUGCAACAAACUCGGCAACCCGGAGACCUGGCGCUGCAAAACUACCUUGAACAGCGAUUGGCAGAUUGCUACUCUUUCUAUGCUGUUGGGUGGUGCUGCCAUAAUUCUUAUAGCUUUUUUGGUUGGACUAAUUUCUAUUUGUGUGGGAUCACGGAGGAGGUUCUACAGACCUGUUGCUGUCAUGCUGUUUGCGGCAGUGGUUCUUCAGGUGUGCAGUCUUGUCCUUUACCCAAUCAAGUUCAUUGAAACUGUCAACUUAAGAAUAUACCAUGAGUUCAACUGGGGCUAUGGCCUGGCUUGGGGUGCAACUAUAUUUUCAUUUGGGGGUGCCAUACUUUAUUGUCUGAACCCUAAGAACUACGAAGACUACUAUUAAAGGAAACUUCUUCUUUUGUAAGGAAAGGAAUAAAACAAGGAUUGUCCUGUCUUUUAUAAGUGUUUUUAGUACUUUUGUAGAGUGUCAAGCUGUCUACUCCAUUGAUUUAUUAGCCAAUUAUUUUUGGCUAUAACUACUGCAAAUAGCUUUUUAACCUGUCUUUUAAAAAAACCUGAUAUAUUACAUCUGCUACAUCUGUAGUGAAAUGAAAGAAGUGGCAGCUAUGGUAAAGAAGGUAAUGGAUAUGAGAAAAAGCAGUUGUAUUUGUUAUAGUCUAUUAGCACAAAAAAUGUGCAAUUCCCUCUUUAUACCAUACAUGAUGAUAUAUGUUGAAAUAUGCUGAAGUUUACCAACUUAGGCUCCUUCUUGUAUUGGUCCUGGGACUCUUACACAAAAUAAACAACUGAAUGACUAGAUGCUGAGAGAAGACAACUGAUUAGUACAUGCAUUCAACAAUUCUCAAACAAGAUGAGUUUGUACAUUUUUCAGCCAGCUGUGGUAUGUCAAUAAGUCAAAACUUAGAACAUAUUCUUCAUUUUAUGUGUUUGGACAUUCAGCCUCAGCUGUAACCAAGUUCUAGAAAUAAUGUGGAGAAUGACACAAAUUUAUUGAGAAUUUUUAAAGGUGGGGGGAGCGGGGAAAAUAUGCACGAGUUACUUUUAUCUUGAUGCUAUUUCAUUUCUAAGCACCACAGUAAAGUUUUCAUGAGCAGUGUUUGAAAAUGCUUUAUAGAAGGCUGUUAUUGAUAUCUCUGCAAUUAUAGAACUAUGGAGAUAGAACCCGAUACCCUAAACUAAUGAUAGAGUGCAGGCAGGAAGCUCUUAAAUGGCUGUCAAUUUAUAAGAGUUUUCUGCAACCAUUGGUUAGAUUUACAAUAAUUAAUUAAAAUUAAUAUUGCUUGUCUACAGUUUAAAGUAACAGCAAAUAAGUGCUUGAAAUGGGAUGAGAUGUCUUCAUCAUAGUUAUCAUAAUAAAUCAUGGAUUAUUAUGUGACAAAUGAGACACAAUGAAUUUCAGGUAUGCAUGGUACCAAGUUCCCAUAUUUUACUCUGGCAUGAUUAUAUAAGAGGAUAUACAUGGGGAUUUUUUCCCUUAAGAUUAAUCACAGCUUCCUAUUUUAUCCAAACUUGAUAAACUGUGGUAAAUUUUAACAAUUAGCCAAUUUAAAAUUAUGGAUUCUGAAACUAGCUUUUGCAAACAAAUCUUAGUUAAUGUUAAUUACAUUUUUUCAACAAUAAACAUUUAAUUUAGGUAAGUGCGAUAUUACUUUGGCUUUAAGUAAAAGGUUCUAAUAUACUCUGAGCAACACUAGGAAGAUUGGGAUGUCUGUAAGAAUUUAAGCAUCUCAUCUAGUUUAGCUCUUAAGAUGAUAAAUAAUAGUUUGCCACAAUGUCUAAUGCUGCUGAGAGUUUGUUAAAAUUAUUUUGUGAAUAAAAACAAACAUUUUAAAUGGAAACAUCCUUAAAAAUUAAGGCAAUAUUAAUAUAAAUAUAUGUAUAAAUUACUGAGAGCAGUUGUUAAUCUAACAAGAUAUUGUCAGUCUUUAAUGAUAUAUUUUGUAACAUAUACAAAAUGGCUGUAAAGCCAUACUGAUAAAUAUAUUUCAUUAAGGAGUGGGGACUAAUAUUACUAUUAAACUCAUUUGAAGUAAAACUAGAAAAAAGAAUUAUAACACAAUUUAGACAUUCUAUUUGAAAAAAGUGCUAAUGUGACAAAUCCCUCUUUGGAUAUUUAUAUUACCAAAAUUAAUUUGGGAUGGGAAAUUGAAAUUGAUUUACCCUGUAUAACAUUUAUUUUUGUUUAGAAAUGUCUUAUUUGGAUACUUUUCAAUUCUGAAAAUAUUUUUAUACAGUAUAUAUGGUUCUAACACACAUUUUAAAACAAUUAUUUUUGUUAUAUGUAAAUUAGAAUGUACCCUAGCCUGGCUCUCCUUUAAAACGUAAUAUUUAAUGGAAAUGCUGCUCUGUGUUAUUGCUCUGAAAUGCAGAAUUUCUUAAUUUGAAAACCUCAAAGUAAUAAACAAUUAUUGCAAUGACGGAAAGAAAAAUGGAGUGUCCUGCAAAAUAUAAAUCUAUUAAUAAAUAUGUUUAAAGGUAUAAUUAUUAACAAA